UUAGAGGCCGAAGCCGGAAGGAGACACAGGGCGCCGCCAUGACGAUUUGGGUCUAUAGGGAAUCGGGCUGCUAGUCCGCUCUGUGACCGGAAAAAACGAGGCUGGGAGGGUGGGCCUGGGCGCCGCCAUGACAACCUGAAACCGGAAAAGGCGGCCCGCUCCUCCCUCACUGAUCCCACACCGCCACCAAGAUGCAAGCAGCCCUGGAGAUAACUGCCCGCUACUGUGGUCGGGAGUUGGAGCAAUAUGGCCAGUGUGUGGCAGCCAAACCUGAGUCAUGGCAGCGGGAUUGCCACCACCUCAAAAUGAGUAUUGCUCGAUGUACAUCCUCCCACCCAAUCAUCCGUCAGAUUCGCCAGGCCUGUGCUGAACCUUUUGAGGCCUUUGAGGAGUGUCUUCGACAGAACGAGGCAGCAGUGGGCAACUGUGCAGAGCAUGUGCGUCGCUUCCUGCAGUGUGCUGAGCAAGUGCAACUGCCACCCUCAGCCUCGAAUGUGGAACCGCAGCCACUUCCUGCCUCCUGAGGAUCCUUUGGGUCACAGGAAAAAUGGACAUGAGUGACAGACCACUUGAUGCCUUUACCCUGAAGAGUGGCCAGAUGAAGUCCUGAGUGCUGUGGACAUGGGCCUGGCAUCCCUGAACAUCAGGACCCACAGUAAAUAAAGACUCUGUGUACCAAGUCUUGAUUCUAGCCUUUGGCACCUGAGUUGCAGGGGAAAGGCCCUCUGUACCCUAACUCUACCUAGCAUACCAAGGAAGGGGGCAAAAUAUUCCAUCUGUUCAACAUGGUUAAGAAAUUUAAUUGUUGGGCCUCCCCGGUGGCGCAGCGGUUGAGCG